AUGGCACAAUACUGGUUGAGGGAUGUUCAUGGAACUGGAAAAGAGAGAUCUUGUCUCUUCAUUUUGAAGGAAACGGAGAUGUGCAUUUCCUUCCAAAAUGGACAGAAUCAAACAAUGGAUUAUGUGAAGAUGGAAAAGAGGGGGCUUUUGAAGAAGCUGAUCCAACUCCUCAUUUACUUCAUUUGUGGGGAAAGGAACUUCAUUUUUGCAUCACAAGUUGCCUUGCAUUUCCUCAAAAACACUAAUGGCAAAGACAGGAUACAAACUACGUAUCCUUUGUUGUUUUUGUUUCUCCUUUUGAUUAUGUCUGCGCCUCAGAAAAUGUUUUCUGGUUCCCCCAUUAAGGUUGUUGUUACCAGUGACUUAGUUUCUGUUGAAAUCACAUUGGAACUUACGACGAAGGAAGAAAUGUUUAGUAAUGGUUUUGUUUCAAAUGCUGAUUUUUCAACUGUAGAGGAAUUUGUGGCUCAUUCAGGGAAUGUAAACUGUUUAAAAAUUGGAAGGAAGGCGAGCCGGGUUUUCAUUACAGGUGGGGAUGAUCACAAUGUCAAUCUAUGGAUGAUUGGAAAAGCAUCCUCUUUAAUGAGUUUGUGUGGUCACACUAGUUCAGUAGAAUCUUUGACUUUUGACUCAGCGGAAUUGUUGGUUCUUUCUGGAGCAUCGUCAGGAGUUAUAAAACUUUGGGAUUUGGAGAAAGCAAAAAUGGUUCGCACUCUUACUGGACACAGAUCUAAUUGCACUGCUGUUGAGUUUCAUCCAUUUGGGGACUUUUUUGCAUCCGGCUCCUCAGACCUUAAUCUAAAUAUUUGGGAUAUCCGAAAAAAAGGAUGCAUUCAUACAUACAAGGGUCAUAACCAGGGCAUCAGUACUAUCAAAUUCAGUCCAGAUGGCCGUUGGGUUGUUUCUGGUGGAUUUGAUAAUCUUGUGAAGAUCUGGGAUCUAACAGGUGGAAAGGUCUUGCAUGACUUCAAGUUCCAUGAAGGACACAUUAGGUCCCUAGAUUUCCAUCCUCUUGAGUUUCUUCUGGCUACAGGUUCGGAAGACAGAACAGUGAAAUUUUGGGAUUUAGAAACCUUUGAACUGAUUGGAUCUACUAGACAUGAGGUUUCAGGGAUACGCUCAAUAGCUUUUCAUCCUGAUGGACGGACCCUAUUUGCUGGACUUGAGGAUAGUUUUAAGGUGUAUUCAUGGGAACCUGUCAUAUGCCAUGAUGCUGUUGACAUGGAAUGGACAACACUUGGUGACCUAUGUAUUCAUGAUGGGAAGCUUUUGGGUUGCUCAUUCUACAGUAAUUCUGUUGGAGUAUGGGUGUCAGAUGUUUCACUUAUCAAGCCAUAUGGUGGUGGCUUGGAAACUGAGAAAAAAGAAAGCACAGAGCAGAAGCUUAGCCUCCAUGGAAGACAAAUGGAGAAAGUAGAAGCCGGUGUGGGACCGACUUUUGGGUUGUGUGGUGUGUCUCCUGACAAUGACUCAAAAGACAUAAAGAAUAUAUAUAUAGACUCUUCUGGAGGGAACCCUGAUACCUUACUAAGAUCCAGGUCGUAUAAUUCUCCAAAAGUGGAUAUUCCUGAGGAAUCUAAAGAAAUGAUAAACUGGAUUUCUGAAACAGGAAUUCGUGCAAAACCAACUGAACAAGCUCUUAGAAAGUCUUGCAUUGUGUCAAACAUUGUACGUCAGGACAUUCUCAAUGGUUAUCAAUCCUCUUCUUACAGCAAAGCCAUUACUCCGGUUAAAUAUGCCAAUGAAGUUGCUGUUGUACAAGGAAGAACACGUUCUUUAGUUGAGAGGUUUGAAAGAAAGGAAAUAACUCCAACCAACGAGGAUCGAGAUAAUGCAACUCCCACGACAAUAUUUGAAAAGAGGGAAAUUUUUCUCAAAGAAGAUCAAACUAAUUCAUCCCCCCUCACCACCACAACAACAUCAGAGAAGGGGGAAAGAAUUCCUUUCAGUGUAGAUCAAAAUAUGCCCAAUGUCCCCAGCACAACCAGUGAAACUGAUAAGUCUACUAACUUAUUGGAUGCUAGACUGAAAAUGCAUGUAUCUGUGGCUUAUGUUUUCUCCCUUAGUUUAGGCAUGUUCGGUGGAAGGGUCUCUCACUGGAAAAGAAAGGAAAUUGUUCAUAGGUAUACAUGGCAUCACAAUUUUAGUUUCCAUGGUUUUUGGAAAGUUGAUUUUGGAAGGAAUUCAAAUUUUUCAAAUGAUGGAGAAAUAAUUGAAGGUCUGAUGCAAACUCAUGAUGUAACAUUAAGUAAUCUCCGUUCACGUUUGACAAAAUUACAAGUAGUGCGACAUUUUUGGGAGCGAAGUGAUACUAAAGGUGCCAUCAGUGCUUUGAGAAAGCUGCUUGAUCAAUCUGUUCAAGCUGAUGUUAUCAGUGUCCUCGUUGAGAAGAUGGAGAUUCUCACCUUAGAUUUAUUUUCUUGCUUACUUCCUGUGCUCACAGGUUUGUUGGAUAGCAAGAUAGAAAGACAUGUGAAGGUGUCAUUGGAUAUGCUGCUGAAGCUUGUUGCUGUUUUUGGUCCAACCAUACGUUCUAUCAUUUCAGCACCUCCCUCUGUUGGGGUUGAUCUACUUGCAAAACAAAGGCGAGAAUGCUCCAAUCAGUGCUUUAUGCAACUGCAAAAGAUCCGAAUGAUGCUUCCAAUAUUAAUAAGGAGGGGUGGCUUAUUGGCCAAGUCUUCCCAAGAGCUAAAUUUAGUUCUUCAACAACUCUAA